AUGCCAGCACGGCAAAUACCUAUAGAAGAGUGGGAGCGUCACAAAGACCGAAUCCUAGGAAUAUACUUGCGUCCAAAGAGCUCACUCAAAGUUGCCAUUUCGGAAAUGCGCAUGCGCCAUAACUUCAACGCAUCGAAAUCCCAAUAUGAGACCCGAUUGAAGGAAUGGGGAGUCUGUAAAUAUAAUACGAAACGACACAAGGCUCAAAGGCAUGCAAUGAGUUUAAUGGGUACGACACCACAGCCCUAUAGUAUUGAGAGCAACAACAGUAAUUGGAAACAUGCCAUAGCGAUAGAUACUAGCCAUAAUUCGACUAGAGUUUCGGAGAACAUAUUUACCCCCCUUUGGACCGAUUUUGACUUAACAACCUGCCCAGCCACCCCAUCCGCAGAAUCUGGAUUGGUGGACGUAGGUGCCGGUCUGCCCCCUUUUGCGUAUCCCCCCACUUUCGACACAGGGUCCCAACUCAUAGGCUCUACCUCCCAGGCGCGGGUUAAUAACGAUUUUCUUACCCCAUCAUUCAGGGCCCAAAACACUCGUGCUGAACCUCAGAGUUAUUCUCAAUCAAAUGCACUAAACUUGUAUACAAAUGGAGUUACCUUCAGCGGGAGUCCAUCGUUACUGGCUCAUCCAUCCUCACCGAUAGUGGGCGCGACAAAUUUAACCCAUCCCAUCUCUGGGAGGCUAUCUUGGGCUGUUGAGCUCCCAUCCUCCGAGAUUCUAGCCAUGGUCGCCAAGAGUACUUGUGAUCCAAUACUGCCUUCUAAAUAUCGCUCGUCCUCUUCAGCCCACCUCAAAUUGAGUGUUUCCCAGUAUUUUAUGGUGUCGCAGAUAACAAGUGACGUGGAUGACUUUCUUGCGGCAUUUGGAAACUUGAAGGCCGUUGAAGCCCACCUCUCGACACCAUACAAACAAGCUCUCGGUUACCUAUUUUCGGAGGAACUUCUCAUCGGAGAAGAGCAAGUCAUGAUAUCAAGCGAGACUACUGCUGAAACUCGAUGCUACGGCAGGCUGCUAAGGUCAAUCAUCAAUGGCUUCACCAGCCUAGAGGAUAUAUCAGCGACCGGUAUUCUACGGUUCAUAAGCCAACAUAAAGGAAUGAAGGCGGUGCUCGUGGGCUUUCUACGUUCUAGCUCAAGCUUUGCGGCCAAAUCGCUUGCAGAGAAUACCCUACGAGCGGCGUUGGAGGCUGAUUAUGUUGAUAUCACUAUCCUCUUGCUUGAUCUCCCUUUGAUUGACGUGGAAAAGUUUGUGUGCUACCAUGAAGGAGAGAGGUAUACGCUGCUCGAAUACGCCGCACAGAGCCAGUCUUUCAAAGUACUACGACUAUUCAUUGAGCGCAGACUCAAUCUGAAUAAAUCGUUCUCGAGGUUUACUGCAUUAGAGUUGCUCACUUUAAAUUAUCGCGGAUCUCAAUCAACGUUUGAUCCAGAAUUCUUAGAGGUGGUCGAAAGACUUGUGGAGGCUAAAGCUCCAGUUGGGGAAAAGCUUGUCCGGCUUAUCAGCGUGAGGUCAUUUCCACCGCAAUUAAAGGCCAUCUCAAUCCCCGCGCUUCUCCAGAUGCCUACAGAGGCUUUUUCAGGCAUCACCAAUCCAAGCUAUAUUGUCCAAGCCCUUGGGUACUGCUCAGUGGAGGUGAGCGAGUCCAUCAUCAAUCGGUUCAUAAGUUUAAAUGGCCGUCGAUGUUUGGAUGAAUGCGAUGAAGCCUUCAAGUAUGCUCUAGCUGAAGCUACCAGACGCAGGGAUACUAAACUAGUAGAACUCUUGCUUCCGUUCUGCUCCUCCGCCGGGGAGGUCCUCGAAAUAGCAAUCGAUAACGGAGACAAACAAAUUAUCAAAAUCAUCCUCAAGAGGUACCCAUAUUUAAAAUAUAAUGUAGAUAAAGCCGAGAUCAUCGACGCUUUUAAAUCUGGAGACCAAGAGCGUAUGUCUAUGCUGGAGAGUGAUGGGCUGUUCGGCUGUCUUACCCCUUACGAUCUCAACGAGUUACUUUGUAUAGCACUUGAGAGUUACAAUCUUCUGUGGGCAGAGAAGUUACUCGAAAUGGACUCCACUUUCCGGGACGUGGGGUUAAAUGAACCUCUUACCAUUGCUCUUUUACAUGGCUUAGAUGAUUUUGCCUGGAAGCUGAUCGAAGUCGGAGCAGAGUUCGGACGUGGGAUGAUGUUCAGUUCGCGACAAUUCGACGGGCAGAAGAAGCGCUACCAAUCUCCGUUAUACAUUGCCGUGAAAAAGAGGAAAUUGGAACUUGCACAAGCCAUGAUAGAAUACAGUAUUUCUCUCGGGUUAUUCGAGGGUGAUAGGUCAAGCCGUUUGUCACUCCUACGGGAAGUCAUUAGAUGGAAUGACGACUUUAUCUUGCGGGGCAUUGUUGAGAUAAUUGCUAAUAUGGGUGUUCAUUCGAAUCUCACGUCCGAAGCAGUGAUGCUUGCAUUCGAAGAAGGUGGCCAGAAGCUAUUCUGGAAAAUCGCAAAGUUGUGUCAUAAAAGUACAAGCUCGGCUCGUUUGAAUAUCCUCACACCAGCGGUGAAAAGCGAGGACGUCGAAUUCCUCCAAGAAAUAAUCGAUUUCGGAGCUGACGCAUCGGACGAAGGUGCGCUACUAGUGGCUAUGACAAAACAUCCCACCAUGGUUGAGCCGCUUCUCGAUCGCUUUCGUCGAGAGUUUCCCCGAGGCAAAGCUGGAUACGGCCAGGGAGCGGUGCGUCGGGGAAUUAUGCGCCUCCCGGACAAUUCCGAGGGGUUAUAUGCGGUCCUUAAAUCGGGGCUGGUAGAUAUGAACUAUCCUUGUGGACACUAUGUCGAUGGUCACCGUCUACUCACACCCAGAACUUUAUUUGGAAAAGCAAUUGAAAAAUUGGGAGAAAGGAGUCCGCAGGAGUAUGAUUUCGAAUUGGUUGAGAAGAUAAUCGACGCUGGCGGCGAUGUCAACAGCAUUACUACUGGUUGUGUCUACCAUGUCCACCCUUCCCACCAUGUCCGCCCUGUCCACCCUACUCUAAAACAAUCCGCUCUCUUGGACGCGAUCGAAACAAGAAAUCAAAGGAUAGUUGAGCUCCUCCUCCUCCGUGGCGCUUGUAUAAACGAAGCGGCCUCUUUAGGCUUAAAGAGAACCCCUCUUCAGAAGGCGGCUGAGCUAGGGAGCCUCAGUAUAGUCCGUUUACUGCUCGAACAAGGUGCCGAGGUCAAUGCCGCGCCUGCAAUGUUUGGUGGUGCUACCGCGCUUCAAUUAGCUGCUAUUGGGGGCCAUUGUGAUGUCGCGAUGGAGCUCAUAAACCACGGAGCUGAUUUCAACAGCAAGCCAUCAAGAGGGAAACAUGGACGUAUGCCUUUGGAAGGUGCCGCAGAGCACGGCCGCCUCGACAUGAUUCAACUUUUAUGGAAUUUCGGGUCCUCAAGUAUCGAUGAGGAACAGUGCAAGAGAGCUAUUGGAUUCGCGGCAUAUAAGGGCCAUUUCGGUUGCCGGGAUCUAAUACAUCAUUUGAUGGCCUCUCGGUCGACGGGUACCACUCAAGAUUUUGAUAGUCGCGUCAGCGAUAGUCACUCGCAUCGGAUUGCCGGAGAGCAAAAUGUCAUCGAGCUUUCGGAGAUGGAUAUAGGUGAGACUGAUAUGGAGCUUAUGAAUUUCUGA